UUUUAGUUUUUUCCGUUUGUACUAGUAAACCCUACCCGGUUCACUCAAAUUUGAGAAACAAAGACAAAACCCUACUACUCUCCAUUUGUCAUUCACCCUACUCGCUGUCCGCCGUCUGCCGUCGUUCUCCCUUCGCGCCGCCACACAUCCCCACAUCAGCCGCCGUCGUUCGCCCUUCGCGCCGAUAUCCUGCAACUUCAAUCAUGACGCUACUGGAUGUCAUUAAGGAUGCUUCAGUCAAUUCAAAAUCUCUUGAUUUACCUUCAGACUACCCAAUUGUUCUGAACCCAGAUAGUAUUAUACCUAAUUUGAAGUCUGAACUUAAAGACAAAUCUUCCUCAUCCCUCAUAAAACCCCUUACUGGAUGGCAAGUUUCACAAACUGAUGCUGAAAUCAUUGAGAUUAGCAAAAAGUUCUUUACACAGCUCAAGAACCCUAAAGAUUUGAAAAAGGGUGAGUUUACUGGUAGUUUGAAUUCCUAUCUAGAAAACAUCAGGGACAAAGUAGGGGUUUCGGUUGAGAAUGAUUCAUCUAGUAGUGGUUAUAUAAGGAUUUUGAUUGACAAACUUGGAUCUUUUAUUGGUAAAGAUGUAGCUGGCCUGGUUUUGGAUGGGUGUGUUUCUUUGGAGAUUUGGGAAGUAGUUGAGGCUUUGAUUGUGAAUGGUCUUAUUGAGCAUUCUUGUUAUUCAAAACUGGUUGCCUCUUUAGUAGAAUUAAAGAGGUCUGACUUGCUCUGUUUAUGUAUUAAGCAUGCUUUUGAUCUGGGUUCAUCAGAGAUACUCAACAUUUUAAGGUAUUUUCUUUCUCCUUCCAAAGAUGCCUAUAACACUAUGGUAACUGUGAAGAAGGACUGGGAGAACCAAGCGCUGUUAGCCAUUGAGAAAGCAGGUGAUAGCAACCUCAAGCGGAAGAAUCUGCUUCUGGCAAAGGAAGCUUCCAUUUUGCUUAUGAUAUCAUAUGAUGGAUUCUCUGCAGCUGAGCUUUGUUUGCAUUAUCUGAUUUCAUCAUCCAAUGUCAAGGACGUGAUAUACCUUUUAUUCAGCAAGUUGAAUGGAAAAGAGUUGAUAAAUUUGAUUCGCUACUUAGGAAAGUGGUUGAAGAAAUAUGAGAGGUUUCCUCAAGCUGUUCCAUGUCCCAAAGCCUCAUCAGUUUUGGGUUUGAAGGCUUGCGAAUGGGUUCCCAAACUUGAAGAUGUCAUAAAAUGUCUCGGUCUGGUGCUAGAUGAGAAUUUUUCUGCAUUGGUGUUACAUCCACAGUUUCACGAGGAGCUGAGACAUAUUGCAGGAAUGGUUAGCUGUUUAACUGCUGAAGCCAAAUUUUGUUAUUUGAUGGCUGAUGUAGUGGACAAACUAAAGAUCGAGGUAAAAGGAGGAAAUAAUUGAGUUCUUUUCAAAAAUUCAUUAUUGCUUUUGAUAUGUUUAGCUUUUCUGGUAAUGAUGGGUUUCUGUAUGAACUUAUGAUCAAUACCAAACCCAUCUCAAUGAUUGUAUCCUCUUCGCUCACGCCUUCAAGGACAGAGACCAGACUUCCCGUCCUAAUUGUCCAAGGUUUAUGUAUUAUGUGGAAAAGGAUCGUGACUGCAAUUCAUUUAGAGUUUCAUAUUUUCUCACAAUCUAAUUUUGAUAUCUAGGACAAAACUUUUUAUUUAUUUUUGGAUUAUAUGUCUAAAUUGAUAUAGAAUUGAAAACUAUGGUCGAUUAGUUUUAUAUUUCUCAA